UUGCUUUAUUUUUUUGUUUCAGUGUCGUCCGAUGCACCAUCACCGAUAGGAAUUUCCUACCACAGUGCUGUUGGUGGCAAUGGCGGCGGCGGCGGUAGCAGCGGUGGCAGUGCUUUUGUAGUACCAACAAUCCAGCAACCUGCACUUCGGCACGCAUUCAUCCCAAACAGUGCACUACCCAUUCGUAAUUCGAGCGGCACCGCCAGUAGCGCUUCGGCUCUCAAAACAACACUAACGGAUUUGUACGGCGGACAAGUACGCUAUAAAUCACCUGCAAAUCCAAUGGGGAGCUGCUAUGAGGACAUGUUUCGUUCGAGCCGCUUCGAUCAAAUCAUCAGUUCCCCACCAUUGCCACGCGAAGUAAUGGAAGCAUAUGCGUGGAAUCCGGACGAUCGCUCAUUGAAUAUCUUUGUCAAAGAUGACGAUCGGUUAACGUUCCACAGACAUCCUGUUGCCCAAUCCACCGAUUCUAUUCGUGCCAAGCGCGGUACGCAUGCUUCUGUUGGUGUGGCAACAAAAGCGGCUUCACUACAUGCCGUCGGCUAUACUUCACUGAUCGGUUCGACCAACGAAUCGUAUGGAUGGGAUCUGAGUAAGCUUCAUUUUUUUUUUUCUUCAAAAUUCAUGACUUGGCUUUCAUUGUUGAUCCCACGCGGUACGCAUGCUUCUGUUGGUGUGGCAACAAAAGCGGCUUCACUACAUGCCGUCGGCUAUACUUCACUGAUCGGUUCGACCAACGAAUCGUAUGGAUGGGAUCUGAUACGCAACAAGUGCUUCCAUGAUUCGAGGAAUACCAGUGGCUGGACGUAUCCGUCGGGAAUAGCUCGUGAUGAAAACUACCUUGCACCCGAUCGUUUCUAUUGCAUUCUUGACAUGGACGAAGGAUAUAUGGCAUUUGCUACUGAUACUGAAUACUACGGUGUAGCAUUCACAGGCCUAAAAGGCAAAGAACUGUAUCCGGUCGUUUCAGCCGUUUGGGGCCAUUGCGAAAUUACGAUAAAAUACCUGGGAGGCCUUGAUCCCCAACCAUUGUCGUUGAUGGAACUGUGCCGGCGCUCAAUUCGGAUCUCUUUGGGAAAAGGGCGCCUCAAUCGAGUCCGAGAGCUGAGGCUACCAAAUGGCCUGAAAAAAUAUUUGCUGUACAAAUACUGAUG